UCUAAUUUUUACAAUCAAAUUAUUGUUCAACACAAUCACCAUCACUCAUGAUCUCAAUUUUCUCCCGAAUCUUCUUCAAUUGUUUUAUGCAAUUGUGAUGGUUCAGAUUUCAAUGUUCUAAUUUUAUUUUAUAGGUUUUUGAGAAAAUACCGAAAAAAAUGGUGGAAGGGAUGGAUGCAAUUGUUGUAACGGUGAGUGGAUAUCGUGGCUCUGAGCGGAUGAAGUUGAUAAAGCUAGUAUCUCUUGCGGGUGCUAAUUAUGUUGGUAAAAUGUCAAGAUCAAUUACACAUUUGGUUUGUUGGAAGUUUAAAGGGAAAAAAUAUGAACUUGCCAAAAAGUUUGGAACUCUAAUUGUGAAUCAUCAGUGGCUUGAUGACUGUAUUAAGAAAGGGAAGCUUGUUCCAGAAUCUCCCUAUACAAUGCAAAGUGGACAAGAAGUAGGUUUCAAUAUCCAGAGCCUUCCAGUUCCAGAGAAAACCACAGGCAUCCUACAUGAGAAUGAGUUGCUUUUGAACGAGCCAAACAUACAUGAUUGUCUUGAUGAUGUAGUUGACCUGGUUUCUGAUGAAAUCGGAAAUGAUGCUUGGGAUGAAGAUCCGUUGCUCGAUGAGAGCAUGUUUCCGGGACCAAGCAGUAGAAACGCUGCUCGACUAAGAUCUAAGAGAAAAUUAGUAAAGGAAACUUAUAAAGAAGACAGCCGGGGAAAGGCAGACAUGAGAAUGAAUUUCCAUGAGCCCAGGAAACCCACCAUUGCUGAACUUCAGCAGAGACCAAGUGAUAAUGAUGUAACCAUGAGGCAAGAUUGUGCUGAAUCUUCUCAUAGAAGUCGGAGACUUGUGAAGAGAUAUGGAAAAAGAAAUAUCACUGAGAUAGAUACCAUUGACAAAGCUAGACAGCAAAACAGAACAUGUACAGAUAUUAGUAAGCAUAUUGUUGCGUCUGGUGUACCUAAUGACUUGAAUGACUUGUUCAUGGCAAUGGAAGCUAGCAUUAACAGAAGGCUUGAGAGUGCUUUUGCUGGACAUGGUCAAAGUGGAAAUGAAAUCAACCAUACGAAAGAUGUGAUUCCUCUUUUAAAUCCAAGCUUACAUGAUAAUGAUUCAAUGAAUGCCAAGGGGAGAAACAUGGAACAGACUAGUCCUGAUGUUCAGAAUUGCAAUGGUGAAGAACUUGGAGAUCUGUCAAAAGUUGAGGCAUCACUGGAGCUAUCGUGUGUUAUAUGCUGGACAGAAUUUAGUUCAGUUAGAGGAGUUUUGCCAUGUGGACAUCGCUUCUGUUUCUCAUGUAUUCAGAGCUGGGCUGAUCGCCUGGCUACAAACAGGAAAGAGUCUACAUGCCCUCUAUGCAAGACUAUUUUUUCUACCAUUACAAGAGUAGAUGCUGCAGCCUUUCUAGAUCAGAAAAUUUACUCACAAACCAUCCCUUCCCCUUUAUCAUCACAGGACAUAUUCAUUGUUCCAGAGGGUAGACCAUUUCGUUCAGACUUCCAGGACAUGAUCUUGCCAGUUUGUUGUCAAUGUCUGAGUCGAGAUCCUGUAGAUCUUCUUAUUUCUUGUGAUAUAUGCGCUUUUAGCUGCAUUCACCACUACUGCCUUGACCCUCCAAUGACUCCUUGGAUUUGCAAUUACUGCAGAGAUCGUCGAUUUCUCUUCCGUACCUGAACUGUUGCAUCCUUUUAUGCUGAGUUUGAUAGUUUGCAUCAAAGCUUAAUUUCCUUAUCAUUGCCUUUUGUGGAAGUUCAAUAUCCAUAACUCUGAAAUUUCAAGGAAAGACAAAAUUUGGAAGAGUUUGAAGAUUAGAAUCGUUCGCAAUAUUUUCUAUUUACAAUCUGAGAUAGAGUUCGUUCUUGAACAUACUUCGAAAUUUGGCACUCUGAUUGAUCAAAGCUGUAGCAGCGGUUAUUCAUGUGUUGUCGUCUUCUGCUAUCUAAACACCGUGAUAAACAUGUCCAUGACAAUGUAAUAUUCAUGUAUAUUUCAAAUUAGUCGAGCACACGAUGAAAGAAAUGGAGGGAAUAAUUAUGGUCAUAUCAAGAGUAUGUAGUUCAUGUCUCGUGUCAUUCAGCAAUAGUUAUUUCCUUCAAAAAUCUGCAGGUACAUUCCAUUGCAUUUUUGCUAUUUUGCAUGAGAUAACUCAUACUUAUAAUAUAGGAUUCAUAUGAAGAUAAGUUCAGCACAAUUUUUAUCAAGGGACUGAAAUAUGCAAGGUCAUUCUCUACCUGUAUAAAACUAUUUUUUUUUUACUGAUUUAGAUUUUUGUUUUUAGACUGAAUUUAUUUAUUAAUACUUUAUGA